AUGUCGAGCGUUUCGUCAUCGCACAGUUCCUUGCGUGGAACUGCUUAUAGACCAUCCACACCCGACCAGACAAGAUCUACGCUUUCACGAACGAGCACAUACUCCGUUGCGCCAAAAUCAGAGUUCCUACGAAACGCGCUUGAAGCGCGAAGGGCACAGAACACACCGACUCCUUCACCUCAAGAUCUUAAACCGUUACCGCCAUCAACCUCGAUGCCUCUAGAAAUACAUACUCCCAAAACUUCACCAGAUGUCUUCGAUGAGUUCGCGCUCACCGAGGAGCAAACGACACCCGUCUCGCCCAUCCGACGGCGAAGACCUAGCGAUGUUGGCCCUCCGCUCUCCAAGACGAAUCGAGAACUCACAAACGAGAUCCAGAAACUGAAGGAGACACUCAUGACCUCCAACAUGCGAGUGGAGCUGCUGAAGAAGGACAACAGGGAACUACAGCAUGAUCUGACGGCUGCCAAAGAGCAAGUCGAGCGACUUGAGCCACUAGAGGACGAGAACUAUGAGCUGCUUGCAGAGAACAAACAACUCAAACUCAAGCUGGAGAAGAUGAGCGAGGAGAUAUCAAACCUACGAGAAGCCAACGAGGAUCAGCGAAGGAACAACGAGGAGCUCACUGCCAUAGCAAGUGAGAGCGCUGCGCACUUCACAGACCAUGAGACCGCUCUCGAAGAAGCCGCCGAGUGCAUCAUUAAGAUGGAGGAGGAGAAGGAAUUGCUUUCCAAGGAACUCAAGAUGCUUAAAGAGCGAGUAAUGAUGAUAGAAAGCCAUUCUCCUGUCAGCACGCUUGUUAACAGCCCCGGAAAGUAUCCGCCUCGCGUCUACAGUGUGGACGAGGAACGGCCUUCUACCUCUCACUUUGACUCGGAUUACUACAGCCAGGCAGAAGACUCGCCGCAAGUCAAGCCGAGCAGUGAAUCGGUCAGGUCGUUUACGCCUUCGGAACGAUCAAAGAAAUUCCUUGGUCUGACUGAAGAGCGAAGACGAUCUGCUCGCGAUCUGUCUGAGCGUAUGUCAGCUGUAUCUUUAAAGGCACUACGCGAGGCAUCUCCGUCUCCAAUUCCAGAAGUGCCCCAGGUUCCGACUGCCUACCAGCAACAGAUUCCGACAAUUAUCGCCGAUGACAGGUCUUCCACUCCCUCAAGGACUCCCGUGCUGCAUCGACAAGGUCACCAGCCAUCCUCGCGUUGUUUGAUGGACGCAGCAGAGAUAUCUCCGGCUCGACCGCAUACAGUUGCUCCACAAGCUCCUUCCCGCCAAUCGGAAGGUCUACGAGGCCUGUACAGUCCCCGUAGAACUUCGUCAAGCAGGAGAACAAGCGAUUGCCGCCCAUCUAGCUACGUCGAGCGUCCUACCAACGUCACUGGCAGUUUCGCUGGACGCCAGCAGUCUAUGACCGAAGCAUCCCCUCAUGUGCUUUCACGCACCAACAGUAAACACACGAACACGGUCAAUCCAAACGAGCACACUCAACGCCACGUAUCACGCCGCCUUCUAUCCGAUGCCGCCCGACCUACCAGCCUCUGUAUCCCACGGUCGAACCUGGACUCCGUAUCUUCAGGGUGGGAAAUGAUACCCUCAAAUCCCUCCCCUCCUGCCUCCAAUGCCUCCACAACCGAUCUAGUCUCUGUGGUAGAUCCACGAGAAGACAAGGACGGAUGGUGGCGCAGCUUAGAUCGUCUGACUCUCCCACAAGCACUGGCUCAGCAGCAGCAACAACAACAACAACAACGCGAUCAACAGAUACCGCAACCUUCUAAUAACGCUGGGUCACGACCCGGUGCUCCUCCUCCCCCUCCCCCUCCACCACCUCCUGUUAACACAGGCAAUCCCGUCCGUACAACGAAUGCUCUGAAUGCCUACGUUGAUUCUUUGAGGAGUAGUGGUACGAGACGGAAGGGCGAAACUACGCCUUUGACGGCUCUCAACAGUCACCCUGUUGAGAAAGACUUUUUGUUUAAUGCCAAGGAGACUGAAGAAGACUUUCUGCGCAAGGCGAGGAGUAGUACGGGGCCUUCGCGCAGAGGUUAG